UCCGGAAGAACGGAGCGCCACAAUGAAGCGGCCAUUAGAUAUUUGAUCAGUGUUUUACACUGGGUCGGGGAUUCACGAAGAAUCUUAAAAGGGCGGGCGAAACCGUCUUGUUUGACGUUCCUGUCAGGCCUUUUUACCCACGAAACACAUCAAACACGGGUCAACAGUGUGGGGAAUAAACGUACACAGAAGCGGUCUUCCUCUUCUAAAACUGUAGUGAAUUCCUUAGCCUUGAUUGAAACAGGUCGUCAUUGUUUCACAAUUAUUUUAAGAAUCGAAAUCAGACUAGCGCUAGUACGAUAACUGCAAUAAAAUGUCUAAGAGGAAUAUUUGCUAAUUGUCGCGACACACAACGUUAGCGGCAAGGUGACGCUUUUAGCGGGGGGGUUUCACGCACGCUAACUCUUCUGUAAGAAGUUACAAAACGCUUAGUUUUAAACUAUAAACCUCACCGCCAAAAGAGUUCCGCUUUGUAUCAGAACUGGAUAGGAAGACUGACUGACUGACAGUGAAUGUUGGAAGUUAUCCAGAAAUAAAGAGACGCUAUUUUCUCUUUUCAACGAAGAUUUAUUUAGUGGCAGAUCGGAAAAGCUUCGUGACAUCUGAAUGGAACUUGAUAGCUUAAUAUGUUCAGGAAGUAACUGUCAAUAAAACGACAAAACUAUGCAAGAAAAUAAAACGGAGUUUACAAACUUUAACUCAAAACAAGCACGUGAAUAUUGACUGAGGCUGGUUUAGAGUGAAACCUUCUGGCUCCUGUCCAUCGUAAAGACCUGUUCCUGUUUGGACUUGCAAGAUGUCGGAGCUAUUCGCUUCUGCUUUCCUGUUGCUUAUCGUGUUGGCUAAUCAGGUUUCUACAACAGGCGUGUUUGAAGUGAAAAUUCAGAGUUUGUUGAACAAUCGCGGGCAGACGUCAACAGGUCGGUGUUGUUCGGGAUCACGUGAUUCCUCCGGUACAUGUUCCGAACAGUGCCGAACAUUUUUCUACGUCUGUCUUCUGCAUUUCCAGACCCCCAUUCCAAAGUAUCACUCGUGUACCUUUGGGAGCGCACUGACGCCAGUUCUAGGGGGGAACACGUUCGGAUUUGGGAGGGAAUUCCAAGAUGCGCCCUUGGUGGUAUCGGUGCCUUUUAUGUUCUUGUGGCCAGAAUCAUUUGGUGUUGUGGUAGAAGUCUGGCAUGACUCAGAUGGCAACAGAAGUAAAACAGACCCAACCAACCUGAUAGCUCGUGUAUCAAGAGUGGGCAAACUGCUGCCGUCGCUUACAUGGCAGAACCACAGCCGCAUCAGCCAGACGGUGGAGCUGAGGUACAGCUACCGCGUCAUCUGUGACCAGUUCUACUAUGGCGCCGGCUGCGACAUCCUCUGUCGCGAGAGAGAUGACCGGUUCGGACACUACCUGUGUGGGGGCAACGGAACGAGACUGUGUCUGUCUGGGUGGGAGGGAGAGUUCUGUGACAAAGCAAAAUGUACUGAUAUGUGUACGAAGUCUCACGGUUUUUGUGACAGGCCAUAUGAAUGCAGAUGUCGUCUAGGGUGGCGAGGGAUGAACUGUCAGGAAUGUAUACCGUUUCCGAGUUGUCUCCAUGGUUACUGUAGAGAUGCCUGGCAAUGUAUUUGCCACGAGGGGUGGAGCGGUUCUUUCUGUUCAGUAGACAACAAAUACUGCGAUCACUACAAGCCGUGUCAACACGGAGGCAUCUGCCACUACGACAGCGUCAGCAACUACACCUGCACGUGUCCAUCCGGGUUCACAGGACCUAGCUGUGAGUCUGAGACGUGUUUUCGUGGAUUCUGUCUCAACAACGGAGAAUGUUCGGACAGUGGCGGACAACGACACUGCCGAUGUAGACGAGGUUUCGGAGGCAGACGUUGUGAGCACGUGGAGACGAUGUGCGGUGACCUGGAUUGUCGGAACAACGCCUCCUGUCGGCGAGUAGACGCUGAAUGGAUGUGUUUGUGUCCCCCUGGAUUCACGGGACUGGAAUGCGAGUCAGAGAUAGACGAGUGUGAAUCGAGCCCGUGUUUUAAUGGAGGGACGUGUCGUGACAGAAUCAACGGUUACCACUGCGAAUGCCACAACGGGUAUCUGGGCCGUAAUUGUGACAUUGCCCUUGAUCCCUGCCUCGGCUUCGAGUGCUUUAAUGGCGGACUGUGCAAGAUCAGCAGUGGGGGUUACACGCCCGUGUGCCAUUGCCAGAAGGAUUUCAUUGGUUACAGAUGCGAGACACCUUUAAACCCGUGUCUGGGAAUUACCUGUUUUCACGGCGGUGUUUGUAAAAAGCUCGAAAAAAAUUCGUUCCUCUGCGAAUGUGCACCUGGUUUCACCGGAAAUAUCUGUCAAAUUAAAAGGAAACAAAUCGCGAGCACGUGCGCCGAUUUGCCGUGUCAAAAUGGCGGCGACUGCAAGCAGUACGCAGACGGUUUCCGGUGCAUCUGUGCCCCGGGGUAUGACGGGAAGACAUGCGAAAGACAGUCCAUGUCUUCUGACGAGCCGUGGAACAGUAUACAAAGUGUUCCGCACAACGUGAAGGCAUUGGAGAAGAGUUCCUCGUCUGUGCCAGUGUAUAGGACUACUCUGUUAUUAUGUCUUGGUGUUUUAGCAAUUCUUUUUAGUAGUCGGUGAUAAUACCUAGAUGUUGGUUUCUAUUACUUCACGUGUAUGAGAGUAUGAGAGUAUGGUUGUUUGUGUUCAUUUGUGUCGGUAGACUGAACCAGGUUUGUGUCUGUUUGACAUAAAAUAUAGAAAACAUGUUAGCAUUUUAUACGUGGAGAUAAAUCUCAAUUCAUUUUUUGGAUCAUAAGCGUACGAGAUAGGGGGGCAGAGGGACAACUGCACCCCCCCCCCCCCCCACAAGGUGCUGAAACCUCGAAUUCGGGCAAAAAUUAUACACAUAUUCAGGCAAAAUGUGCUAACCUCAGAUACCAUGUAUUUCCAUUAUUCUACCCUCAACAUUAGUUGUAAUCCAUGUCAAAAUGCUUGGGUUGGUUUGAAGGUUUUAUCAUGCUCCUAUACCACGAAGGUUUCGAGCAUGUCUAUCCCGAGUCCUGUCUCUGGAUGCCAGUGGCCUGACUCGGGGCAGCAAACCACGAAGGUUUCGAGCAUGUCUAUCCCG